AUGCUGCAUCGGUACGCUCACCAGUUCGGUCGGAAGCUGGUCCAAAGGCGGCCACUGGAGCCCCAGGAGAAGUCUGAAAGUCACAGAGCUCCUCUGAACACCCUCGACCUGGUGAUCUUGGGUGUGGGCAAGAUCCUGAGAGCUGCCAUCUACAUCCUGAUUGGUAAAACAGUCAAGUACACAACCGGACCAGCGAUCGUCAUCUGCUUCUUGGUGGCCACCUUGUUUUCUCUCCUGUCAGGGUUCUGCUAUGCCGAGUUAUGGGCCCGGGUACCACACUUCAGUUCUGCGUAUCUCAACUGCUAUGUCACCAUGGGUCAGCUGUACGCCUUUAUCACUGGCUGGAACCUCAUCCUGUCCUUAGUCCUUGGAACCGCCAUUUUGGCCAGGGCCUGGAGCUACAUCUUUGACAGCCUCAUUGGGAACCACAUCUCUCAGGCCUUACAAGGAAUUUUCUCUCUGCACGUGCCCCACUUCCUGGCCAAGUACCCAGACUUUCUGGCCUUGGCCCUGGUGCUGCUGUUCAUGGCAUCCCUCACCCUCAUCCUUCCCUACUACCAGAUUCAGCCUGACAACCCCUUGUCACAGACCUUUCUGCACGGUGGGUGGAUUUCCGCCAGAUACGUCCUGAGUGUCGGCAUCAUUUGUGCUGUUACGUACAGUGCCAUGUUCCCCAUGUCUCAGGUGAUCUACGCGAUGGCAGAGGACGGGCUCCUUUUCCGGGAACUUGCCCAGGUCCGUGCCCACACAGGCGCCCCCAUCAUGGCCAUCAUGUCUUCCGGAAACCUCGCAGGGGUCAUGGCAUUACUCUUCGAGCUCAGUGAUCUUGUGGACUUCUUGUCAGCUGUGACCCUGCUUGCUUACACUCUCGUGGCAUUUUCCAUCCUUGUCCUCAGGUACCAGUCACACCUGAAGGAGAAAACAGAGGAGGAAAUUGAGAUGGAGCCUGAAGCUGAAGGAAGUCCUUUGGACUCUGUACCUGAAGCAGGAACCUCAAACAUCCUGAGGAUUCUCCUGCUGACCAUCCUGAGUGUGAUCCUGGCCCUGUGGCCCAGCCAGGUGUUCUCUGGAGACCCCGUGCUCACAACAGGGGCUGUGCUGCUGCUGCUGCUCAUCACUGGGGUCACGGCCAUCAUCUGGAGGCAGCCCCAGAACCCCUCACCUCUUUAUUUUAAGGUCCCUGCUCUGCCUGUCCUCCCACUGGUGAGCACCUUUGUGAACCUUUACUCUAUGAUGAGGAUGACCACUGUGACCUGGGCCCUAUUUGGCAUCUGGAUGGUGAUUGGAUUUGCCAUAUACUUUGGGUACAGGAUCCGACACAGCUUGGAGGAGAACAAUGAGCCACAGCCACCAGCCUCCGCUCCCCAGACUUGA